CCAUGCUCCGUUGGUCCUCUCCGCAAUGAAUAACGCCCAAUUGCUGGCCAACCAGUCGGCUUUAACGGACGAUCUAUUCGACUAACCGUCAUGAUUGUUCCUCGCCCACUUACAGGUUAGCCCUGCAUAUGAAGGAAUCGUCGUAUGAGAAAUUAUCUGAGUAAACAUUAAACAUCUAUCGAAGAACUAUAUUAAGGACAUGCUCCCUCCAUCUUGAAAACUCAUAUCCAAUUUACAAUCACAAACACAUAUAGAGGUCCGAUCUGCCUUAAUCCAGCCCUGAGAAGACAGUGUUCGAUAUAUUCUUCCAGCCCUAACUUCCAUACAAUCUCUCCUCGCCUGCACAAUGUCUCUACCCACCGCUCCAUUUGGCAAGAAUGGCCCCCAAGUCCCGCGUCUAGGCCUUGGCCUCAUGGGUCUCAGUACCGCCUAUGGCCCAGCGAAGCCAGACGAGGAACGCCUAAAGUUCCUCGACGCUGCCUAUGAAUUGGGCGAACGAUUCUGGGAUAGUUCGGACGUGUACGGAGACAACGAACUCCUCAUAGGAAAAUGGUUCAAGGCGAAUCCCGAGAAGCGCGACGACAUCUUCCUCGCCACCAAGUUUGCACUCAAGAUGGUCGACGGCAAUAUCACCAUCAACAACUCCCCCGAAUAUGUCAAAGAGGCCUGUGCAUUGUCCCUCCAGAGGCUGGAACUCCCAUCCGUGGAUCUCUACUACUGCCAUCGUCUUGAUGGCAAUACUCCCAUCGAGAAACUCAUGGAGGCACUGGUCGAGCUCAAGAAUGAGGGCAAGUUCAAGUAUAUCGGUCUCUCGGAAGUUAGCUCGGCAUCGCUGCGACGAGCACACAAGAUUCACCCAGUCACAGCAGUACAAGUCGAGUACUCUCCCUUCGCCCUAGAAAUCGAGUCCGAGCAGAUCGACCUCCUGAGGACAUGUCGCGAGCUCGGCGUUGCUGUCGUUGCAUACUCCCCGCUUGGUCGCGGCAUGCUCACGGGUGCGUAUCGUUCGCCAGACGACUUUGGGGACAUGGACUUCCGCAAGUAUGCGCCUCGCUUCUCGAAAGAGAACUUCCCCAAGAAUCUCAAGCUCGUCGAUCAACUCGCAGAGAUUGCAAAGGCGAAGAACGUUUCAGCAGGUCAGUUGGCGCUGAGCUGGCUUCUGGCACAAGGCGAGGAUAUCUUUCCCAUUCCGGGAACUACUCGUUUGGACAGGCUGAAGGAGAACAUCGGUAGCUUGGAUGUGAAAUUGUCGAAAGAGGAGGAGCAGACGAUCCGAAAGUAUUGCAAUGAAGCGGAGGUUGUCGGGGAAAGGUAUCCGGGUUCGUUCAUGGAUGCUUGCUACAUGGAUUCUCCUGCUUUGUAAAGAUAGUUUUGGGAAUGACGUACCUUCCUGCUGGAGUAUUUGAUAUUCAAUAAAUUGAAAAUAG